AUGCAACCUCAGUUUCAAGGGCCAAUUCCACAACAACCAAUGCAUCAACAUCAAUAUCAACCACCGUUUGUUCCUGAAGGGCCUAUGCAAGGGCAAAUGGGUCAACCAAGGGCACCAUUGGGUGCACCUCAAAGGCAUCAAAGAGAAGUAGUACGGGGAAUUGAAGCUCACUUCCGGCCCAUUAUCACUAACAAUCCUUCGCCGGUAGUGAUUCAUCAUCGUGCGGAUGGAAGGACCUUUGAAGUUAGAACAACCGCUCUCCAAAGUUUACCAAAGUUCAAAGGGUUAGCAACGGAAGAACCCUACUUUCAUUUGGAGACAUACGACUCCAUUUGCAACACUAUUCGAGGUCAAGGGUUUUCUGCGGAUGAUGUCAAGUUGGUUCUUUUCCAGUUUUCUCUCGAAGAUAAAGCAAAGAGAUGGUUUCACACAUUGCCCUCCGCGUUUAUUUUUACAUGGGCCGACAUGCAGCAAAUAUUCUUAGAUGAAUAUUACACUUCUCAAAAGACCAACGAUGCUAGAAGAGGGUUGAGAAGUUUCCAACAAUCGGGGGAGAUGUUUCAUGAAGCCUUUGAAAGGUUCAACAUGAUGUUAAGGAAUUGCCCUCAUCACGGGAUCCAACUUUGGGAAUUGUUGAAUGCGUUUCAUGAAGGGUUGAGUUCGGAGGAUGCACGGGAUUUAAUGUCAAUCACUAAUAGUACAUUCGGUACCAAUUAUGAACAUGUUGAUUGGGCAUUUUUAGAACAAAUGGCGGUGAAUUCAAAGAGGAAAGCUCAAUCUUCGAGGCAGGCAAGGCAUGUGACACAAAGACCACAAGUGCAUGGAGUAGAGAGUGGUAAUGUUCAAACCACAAACCAAGUGUACAAUGUGUGCACCAAUUGUAAUGAAAUAGGCCAUACGACGGAAGUUUGUGUAGUGGGGGUGGUUGAUGAUCAAGUAGAAGAGGUUAAUGCAAUUCAAGGAGGGGGUGGUAGAAAUUUCAAUAUGAACUCCAAUACAUACCACCCCGGGUUACGAAACCAUCCUAAUUUUCACUAUGGGAACGCGGCGAACCAAGCUAACCCAAACUUUCAAGUAGCUCAAGGGCAAUUCCAACAAACGGGUCAAGGUGGUUCGGGCAAAAGCUCAUCAAGAGGGAAUGAAGUCAUGGAUAUGCUUCGGGCGAUGCAACAAGAUAUGCAAAAGCGGAACCAACUAGAUGAGGUCCGGAUGCAAAAGGAUGAGGUUCGUGACAAGAGCAUUCAAUCACUAACAACCCAAAUGGGUCAAUUGGCAACCGAUGUGGCGGAAUUGAAGAAAAGCAAGGGUCAACUUCCUAGUGAUACUAAGGUAAAUCCUUCACAGGGUUCAUCACGAGGUGCGGUUCGGAAGCUAAAAGUGGAUACAAUGCAACUUUGGAAGGAUUGGAGAUGA